AUGAUUGACACAACUAUCAAAGUAUUUAUUCUUCUCUAAAUUAGGAUGGCUUUUUUAAAUUGUAAAAAGGAUUUAAAGUUUAUGAUAAGUAAAUCGUUUAAAUUUGCCAAAAAAAGAUUCAAACAAAAGUUGAUAAAAUUCAAAAAGAUUAACAUUUAUUUAAAUUGUCUCUCAAAAGGAUUAUGUCCAUAGAUUGA